CAAAUAUUAAUGUCUCGUUCGGCCGCCGGCGGCGGCACGACAGGGACGGCACUGGCCAGUGAGGAGCCGCCUGAUGCCAUUCGAUGCACGCGCAGCCGCUAGAGACCUGAAAGGGCUCGGGGGACCAGCGGAUUUUGGCGGGGCACCUCUGAGAUGCCAAUUGGGGGGUGGCCCGAGAGGGGAGAGUUGGUUGUUUAAAUUGCCCUUGGACCCCAUCGUUGUUGGCACAUCACAUCACAUCGCCCAGGUCGACUGCUGCCUCCUCGACUCCUGCAAUCCGCCACCUAUUGCAGCUUUACCGACACCGUCCUUCGCCAUGUCGACGACGACGACGACGACGACAACGGCGGCGGCGCCGGCCCAGCCCAUGACGGCCGAGACCAUCCUGCGCCUCUUCCCCGACAUCGACACGAACGACGAUGCGCUGUCGGGCCACGACGAGGAGCAGAUCCGCCUCAUGGACGAGAUGUGCAUUGUCACCGACGACAACGACCUGCCCGUCGGCAAGGCUAGCAAGAAGAUCUGCCACCUCAUGACCAACAUCGACAAGGGUCUCCUCCAUCGCGCCUUUUCCGUCUUCCUCUUCAACGACAAGAACGAGCUGCUGCUCCAGCAGCGCGCCUCCGAGAAGAUCACCUUCCCCGACAUGUGGACCAACACGUGCUGCUCGCACCCGCUGUCCGUGUCGGGCGAGACGGGCUCGACGCUCCCCGACGCCGUCGAGGGCGCCAAGCGCGCCGCCCAGCGCAAGCUGGACCACGAGCUGGGCAUCAAGAAGGAGCAGGUGCCCCUCGACGACUUCCGCUUCCUCACGCGCAUUCACUACAAGGCGCCCAGCGACGGCAAGUGGGGAGAGCACGAAGUCGACUAUAUCCUCUUCAUCAAGGCCAACGUCGACCUCAACAUCAACCCCAACGAGGUGCAGGCCACGCAAUACGUCAGCGCCGACAAGCUCAAGCAGCUCUUCGACGACCCCUCACUCAAGUUCACCCCCUGGUUCAAGCUUAUCUGCAACUCGAUGCUGUUUGAGUGGUGGGAGCACCUUGAUUCGGGGCUCGACAAGUACAUGAAUGAGCAGGAGAUCCGCCGCAUGCUGUAGGCGGGGCUGCGUGUGAGGGCCUUUGUUGAUGCCCAAAACACCGUGAAGGAGGGCGAGGUGAGGGGUAAUGAGUUGAAGACAAAAAAAGUGAUAUCAUACAUAGCCCUGCAUUCACAGGGAGUUGCACAUAUGUGGCCUCGGCAGCCGAUUGAUUCCCCUUUUUCAGUAUCCCUAGGUAGCCACGCCGAGGACGGCCCAAGGCGUUUUAGCAAUAAUACCUGUCCGUCCAGAGGCCCUCCCGGCAGACUCUCCGCGGCGGCGCCGGCCGGGCGGCACGCAUCAUGCGAGCACGCCAAGGCGCCGUGGCAUACCGCGAUGGUUACACGGCUACGAAAGCGGCGGGCCCGCGGCGCCCGUCCACCAACCCUCGUUGCCUCGUUGUCAGCGCCUGGCCCAAUUGCCCAGGUCCCGAUCUGCGGCCGCGUGACCACACACUGCAUGCUGCGUUAUCUCGGCGGCGAGACCCGCCUGCACGCCGCUGCCGACGUUGGCAACCUGGGGAUCCCGGC